UUACCAUAAUUAUCAUAUGUCUUGGACCUCACUAGAAUGUUUUCGAUUAUGAUCUACAAUGUUAUUCAAAUUGUUCCUCAUAUUUUUUCUCUCCUUUAUUGGUUUCGGAUACAUAUAUACAAUCGAAAUCGUACAAACAAGUGACGUAAACACUUGUCCUCAACCAAUGGCAAGGCUCGAUCACGUCGCUCAAAACCACCCCCUAGAAUACCUCACCGAAGAGAUUCUUUUUGCCUAUUGGAUCUGAUAUUGACAAGUGUCGGUUGUACAUUGCAGUUUUUUAAAACUACAGCUCCCUGUAAAGUUUAAGUAGUUAGUAGUUUAUAAAAUGGCUAGAGAUUCAGAUUUUAAUUCUUACUGCAAUAAUUUAUUACACGCCCCAAGUGAUUUAAUGAACUUCGAUAAUUUAAGCCAUGAUAGUCCCAUGGAACCACUUGUUUAUUAUGAUUUACAACCUGUAUCCGAACCCACGAAGGAAAAUUCAAAAUCGAUUUGCAGCAUGGAAAGCAAUACUCGACUACCCACCUCUUCAGCAGAUGCAAAUAUGGAUACGAGUGGCAUUGAAAAUGUAAAAAACAAACGAAAAGUAUCUACUCAGGGUAGUGAUUUUGAAGAUGACAAUAAUGAGGAUUCAAGAUCUGUUCGAAAUGAUGAUAAUAAAAAACAUAACCAUAGUGAAAUCGAGAAACGUAGACGAGAUAAGAUGAAUUCAUAUAUCACUGAGUUAGCUAGUAUGAUACCUACGUGCCACACCAUGUCACGAAAGUUGGACAAACUAACAAUGCUUAGAAUGGCCGUGCAACAUAUGAAAUCUAUCCGAGGCACUGUUAAUUCAUACACCGAAGGUCAUUACAAGCCUCCAUUUUUAUCGAAUCAAGAUUUGAAAAAUUUAAUCACUCGAGCUGCUGAAGGGUUCGUCUUUGCUGUGAGUUGUGAUCAUGGUAAAAUAAUUUAUAUAUCUAAAUCCGUAACUCAGGUUCUGAAUUAUUUACCAGAGGACCUGCUCGGAAACAAUGUGUUCGAUUAUAUUCAUCCGAAGGAUGUAGCCACAGUAAAAGAACAACUCUCCUGCUCAGACUUUGGCCCCCGAGAUAGAUACAUCAAUGGAAAUAGUAGUAUUUUUUUUUUUUUUGUAACAGAAAUGUUACCGAUUCGUGCGGAAAUGAUAAAUACACUAUCAAAAAUGUGUAGUGGAGCUAGGAGAUCAUUCUUCUGUCGGAUGAAGUGUAAAGUACACAGUGUAAAAGAAGAAGCAGAUACGACAACUGGCUCAAAGUACACACAGUCAGAUACAUCUUCAGUUGAAAGUAAAUCAAGCAUUAUAAGCUCAGAUGUUCGCGGUUCUUCACAAAAGAGUAGAGAUAGACGUUACAGUGUGAUCCAGUGUACCGGUUACUUAAAGCCCUGGACACAGGCAAACGAGUGCCAUAAUUUAUCAUCGAAGAGUUUGGAUCAAGGAGACGACAGCGAAGACAACGGUGUUGGAGCAGACUCGGAAUCUACAAACAAUGGAUCGUGUCUGGUCGCAGUAGGUAGAAUAAUUAACAACUUGGGGUCUGCUUCAAUCCUGUCAGACCUAGUCAAACCACCUUGUUUUACUUCCAAACACACGAUUGACGGCAAAUUUCUCUCUGUCGACCAAAGGGUCACAUACAUAGUAGGAUACUUACCUCAAGAACUAUUGGGCACAAGUAUGUACGAAUAUUUCCAUCAAGACGAUAUAUCCAGACUUGUAGACAUCCAUAAAGCUACGCUUCAAGAAUGCAAACCAAAAAACACAGAGACUUAUAAAUUCCGGGCCAAAAAUAAAACAUAUGUGCAUUUACGUAGCGAGUGGAAAAGUUUUCGAAAUCCUUGGACUAAAGACAUUGAGUUCAUUGUUGCGACUAACAUUUUAACUAGAUCUGAUUCAAAGCCCGAUAGCAGCAACAAAUCAGAAUGUUCUUCGCAGGGCCGACCGCAAAAUAACUAUGAUGUUUUUACGGAACAACAAUUAUUUAGAAUCCAACAGCAAUUGGGCAUUAGAGAAAUACAAAGCCUAAUUAAUUCACAUCUGGAAGCGAACAAAAUUGGUAGGCAUAUUGCUGAUACGGCUAUGGACGCGAAGAAGAAAACUUGUGAUACCGGCAGUUCUCCUUUGCAUUCUAAACAUGAUACGAUAUCGGAGAUGUCGAAUAACGACCGCUUGAAUUUUUUGCGGUCACCCUUAGCUGUGUUCAAUGGUCCCGGGACGUCGUCCAGCGGUAACGGUGGCAAUGACGGCCACGACGGCGUGGACGGUGGUAUCGGUUGUGGUGUGAACGGUGGUACCGGCUGCAGCGUGGACGGAGGGUGCGUGGUCACGCACGGACCGGUGGACGGUUGUCAGGGCGGCCCGACGGUAUCGUCGUACAGGAUGGUUCAGGAUACCGUGAACCAGUCCAGCUCGACCAGUACCACCAACUUAAGUCACGCUCCUUCUUCGAUCUAUCCAAAUUCUGGGCUUAUGAUUCCAGGUGACUCGGAGGACAUGCUAGGGGACAUAAUGACAUCACAACAGCAACAGCAGUUGUCCAGCUCGGACACCAACGACGAAGCGGCGAUGGCCGUCAUCAUGAGCCUCCUGGAAGCGGACGGCGGGCUCGGCGGCUCUGUCGACUUUUCCGGGCUACAUUGGCCGUUACCGUAAUGGUACGAAUCGGACAGGGCUGGGGGAAACCCUCGACCACGUAUCCUAUUAAUAUUAUUAUAGUUUUAAUUGUUGUUAAUAUUGUUUUAUAGUACAUUUUAAGCCGCCAUGUAUUUUAUACAUACCGCAGUAUUGUAUAAUAUAAACGUAAAUGAUAUGUUUCAUAUUUUUCCCCGUAUAUUGUAUCACUAUACUGUUACUUAUAUCCCUCUAUUGCUGUUGCUAAUACCAUUAUUUUAUAAUCGACUGUAAUAUAUUCUAAAAAUAAAGGAAAUUCACAUUGUUCAAUGUCCAAUAGGGCACGUACAAUAUUCACGAUAA